AUGAUUAAGAAAUCAUUUAUUCAUGCUAGUUCAUUGUUACAUUUCUCAAAUAAAAAUGAUAUUAAGAAAUUGAAAUCUACAAUUAAAUUUUUGACAAAGGGAGAUAAUUCAUCUAAUACAUUAAGUAAAAUGAUUCAAAAUGGUGUAACCAGUUCAGUUAAUACUGAUAAUGAAAGCGGUUCUCAUAAUACAAGGAAUUUUUUCAGUGAUAAUAAAUCAUCCUCAUUGAAGGUAAAGCCAACCCCUCAAGAACAAGAAUAUAUUGAUACAAUUUUGAAAAUACUUAAUUCAACAUUGCCAUCCAAAGAAACUCAUAUACAAAGAGUAGAUACACACUAUCAAAUAUUCUUUAGUCAAUUAAAGAACGUCCUAAAUCAGUUCGACAAUUACAAUGGUAAAGCAAGAGGUAAAUAUAAAAACAGUAACGCAAACCCUCAUCUUCCUAUGUCUUUCCAAGAGAAUGUAGAUUACAAAAUCAUGAAUUCUAAUGAUUUAUUCAAUAGACUAAUAUUGUUACGAUUGAUUGGUAGGUUAACUUUAAGAGAAAUAUCACAAAUUAUAUUAUCUAAAAAUUUUACUCUUUACACAAAAACUUUUCAGAAUUUAUCUAUCUUUUCCAAGAUAGAUCAACUAAAUAUAGCCGUUCUAUUAUAUUAUAAGUUACAAUAUUCUAAGCAUCUAAGUACAUCUGAUUUGAAUAGUGAUAAAAAUACAUUGAAUCACAAAAUAUGGGACCAAUAUAGUCCACUCUGGAUCAAAGAUUUUGGCAAUCUGCACCAUUCCAUAAAACGAGUAUUUUGGAGAUGUGUAUAUAUGACAGAUCCAUCAUUAAUUAACAUCAUUGUCCAAUUGAACUUGAAACAAUGGGAUAUGAAUAAUUUAGUUGUAUUAUAUCAAUCCUUAUUUCAACAUGUAUAUAAAUUGAAUCUUCCCAGUAUUAUACCAAAUGAUUUCUCGAUAAAUAACAAUUUCAAAAAUCAAGAAUUAUUUAUAAAAGUGAUAAAUUUAUUGUCACCAUACAAAUCACUUUAUCAUGGAACAAUGAUUGAAAUAGUUAAACUAAGUAUACAGAUUCAUUUAAAUGAGUUACCACAAGAAAGUGACCAUGAAAAAGUUGGAAAUCAAUUAAUGUUUAUGACAUCCUUGAGUCUCAUUUUAAGAAAAUUUUAUGACAAACUUGACAGCAGCCAAAAUGUCAGCAGCAUUGAACGACUAAAACAAGAAUUAGAGACUAUAUUCAAUAUGAUAGACGAACAAGAAAACGAUCUUAAAAAAAAAAUAUCUUUAAAGUUCAUAUAA